CAAUCAGGACUCGCGAGAGAAAGAGCUACUUUUCUCUCCCGCCUAAAUUAGGUUUAUGGCCGGACGCAUUCGGCUUCAGGCCGUGCUAGUUGCAUUUCUUCUUAAGAACUUCGCUCGUUUUUCCCGGGUGAAAAGACUGCCUCGCGUUCCGAGAGGUGGGACUUUGAAGCGUCCAGGUGUGGGAUAAUUCAGGAGUCGUACCCGCCUCAUCUUCGCAGGUUUCCGGGCGAGAUCCCAGAGUGGAUUGCACCCUGGGGGAAGGGCGGGGAUCGGCGGGUUUUGCUGGGGUCCUGGAGGGCUCCGCGAUUCUGCGUUCAAAGAGGCGAGUCCAGUGAUGGGGGCAUGCUGGACCUUGGGACCCCUGAAGAAUCGGAGACGCUGGACGUGGAGGGGUUGUCGCGGUGGUGGCCAUUUUCAGUUCCCCUGCUGGCGCUUGCAAGGAGCCUUGGUGGUGCGGUGGUUAAGUGCUCGGCUGCUAACCGGAAGGACCCACUGGUACUUGGAGAAGGAAUCUGGUCCCCAAGGAGCUGGACUGAACAUAAAAAUGAGUCCUCCAGAUGCACUUGACGAUGAAAAUACAUUUAAAAUCUUAGUUGCAACGGAUAUUCACCUUGGAUAUAUGGAGAAAGAUGCAGUCAGAGGAAAUGACACAUUUGUAACGCUCAAUGAAAUUUUAAGACUUGCCCAGGAAAAUGAAGUGGAUUUUAUUUUGUUAGGUGGUGAUCUUUUUCAUGAAAAUAAGCCGUCAAGGAAAACGUUACAUACCUGCCUGGAGUUAUUAAGAAAAUAUUGUAUGGGUGAUCGUCCUGUACAGUUUGAAAUUAUCAGUGACCAGUCAGUCAACUUUGGUUUUAGUAAGUUUCCAUGGGUAAACUAUCAAGAUGACAACCUCAACAUUUCGAUUCCAGUGUUUAGUAUUCAUGGCAACCAUGAUGAUCCCACGGGGGCAGAUGCACUGUGUGCUCUGGAUAUAUUAAGUUGUGCAGGAUUGGUAAAUCACUUUGGACGUUCAAUGUCUGUGGAGAAGAUAGACAUUAGUCCCGUUUUGCUACAGAAAGGAAGUACAAAAAUUGCUUUAUAUGGUUUAGGCGCCAUUCCAGAUGAAAGGCUCUAUCGAAUGUUUGUCAAUAAGAAAGUAACAAUGUUGAGACCAAAAGAAGAUGAGAACUCUUGGUUUAACUUAUUUGUGAUUCAUCAGAACAGGAGUAAACAUGGAAACACUAACUUCAUUCCAGAACAAUUUUUGGAUGACUUCAUUGAUCUUGUUAUUUGGGGCCAUGAACAUGAGUGUAAAAUAGCUCCAAACAAAAAUGAACAGCAGCUUUUUUAUGUAUCACAGCCUGGAAGUUCUGUGGUUACUUCUCUUUCCCCAGGAGAAGCUAUAAAGAAACAUGUUGGUUUGCUGCGUAUUAAGGAGAGGAAGAUGAAUAUGCAGAAAAUUCAGCUUCGCACAGUGCGGCAGUUUCUCAUGGAAGAUGUUGUUCUGGCUAAUCACCCAGCCCUUUUUAACCCGGAUAAUCCUAGGGUAACUCAAGCCAUACAAAGCUUCUGUUUGGAGAAGAUUGAAGAAAUGCUUGAAAAUGCUGAACGGGAACGUCUAGGAAAUCCUCAACAGCCAGAGAAGCCUCUUAUACGACUUCGAGUGGACUACAGUGGAGGCUUUGAACCUUUCAGUGUGCUUCGCUUUAGCCAGAAAUUUGUGGAUCGAGUAGCUAAUCCAAAAGACAUUAUCCAUUUUUUCAGGCAUAGAGAACCAAAGGAAAAAACAGGAGAAGAAAUCAACUUUGGGAAGCUUAUCACAAGACCUUCUUUAGAAGGAACAACUCUCAGGGUGGAAGACCUUGUAAAACAGUAUUUUCAAACCGCAGAGAAGAAUGUGCAGCUCUCACUUCUAACAGAAAGGGGAAUGGGUGAAGCUGUACAAGAAUUUGUAGACAAGGAAGAAAAAGAUGCCAUAGAGGAAUUAGUGAAAUACCAGUUGGAAAAAACACAGCGAUUUCUUAAAGAGCGUCAUAUUGAUGCCGUAGAAGACAAAAUCGAUGAAGAGGUACGUCGUUUCAGAGAAAGCAGACAAAGAAAUACUGAUGAAGAAGAUGAUGAAGUUCGAGAGGCUAUGAGUAGGGCCAGAGCCCACAGAUCUCAGCUAGAGGACACUGCUUCUGCCGUCAGUGCUGAUGACCUCAUGAGUGUGGAUUUGGCCGAAGAGAUGGCUGAUGAUUCUGAUGAUAGCAACUCAGCAGCAGCCAACAGAGGGAGAGGCCGGGGAAGAGGUCGAAGAGGAGGAAGAGGGCAGAAUUCCGCCUCAAGGGGAGAGCCUCAGAGAGGAAGAGGCACUGGUAUGGCGACAGCUUCUCGAAGCAGAAGCUCCAAGCCCACUACGUCAGCAUCAUCUAGAAAUAUGUCCAUUUUAGAUGUCUUUAAACCUGCAAGACAACAGCCCUCCGGUAAUGCUGCUACUAAGAAUUAUUCAGAGGUGAUUGAAGUGGAGCAGUCAGAUGAGGAAGACGACAUUUUUCCCACCUCGUCAAAAACAGAUCAAAGGAGGCCAGGCGUAUCAUCCAGCAAACGCGUGUCCCAGGUCCAGAUAGCUAAAGGGGUCGAUUUUGAAUCAGAUGAGGAUGAUGAUGAUGACCCUUUUAUGAACAUUAAUUCUUUAAGAAGAACCAGAAGAUAAUAAUUUUAAUGUCACUUAGAAAUGUUCAGAAUUCAGGAAGAAUUGAAAUGUUGCAAGCAAGAGUUUACAGCUGAAGAAUUUUCUUAGGAAUAGUUGUCAGAUAGCUCCUUUUUUUUUAAGUGUUGCUCUUGACUGAAGAAUUCAAAAGAAGCUUGCUUAACAGAGAAGUGAUGUAUAAGAACUUAACUAUAUUUUUGAAUAGUAUUUCCUGAACAUGAUUCCAUUAUUUGAGAAACUUCUCAGCUCAAGAACAUAAUAGCUUUUUUCCUCCUUAUUUUUAAUAUGGUUGUUAAUAUAACCUGGGGAUGCUCCUGUAAAAUUUAGAAUGUUAUUUUCCUGACAUGUAUUAGUGUUCAUCUUACUUAUGAAGAGCUUUGCUUAAAUAUCAUUCUUGAGUGAAGGAGAAAGUAAAUCUACCAUUAAACAUUUCUGCUUCAUGAUCAAAGACUAUGCCAGUAUUUUAAUGUGGUUACAUUUAACCAAAUUUGAGGAAAACAGCUUAUAAAAUUUAACUUCUUUAGAGAUUCUGAAUUUCCUGUAGGUAAAAAAAUAUAUGUGAAAUAGCACCUAAGCUGUUUGUUGCUAAGUAUGUUUUCUUUUUCUAAUGCUUGUUACAGUAUCAGCUUCUGAGAUUUUGGAUGAUGAGAUGUACCUUGUACUUCAAAAAUAAGAUGUAAGUUUGUAUUAAAAAUAGAACAGUCUGAUGUAGCAAGGUGUAUGUAAGUUUUUAUGUGAGAGACUGACUCGAUUUGUAAACUUUCACUGGAAGCACAAUAAAAAUUAUUUUAAAAAAGGAUGUUCAAAAAUUAUGAGAACAUAUUAGUUAGUAUGAUUUAAAAUCUUAGUCUAAGGUUAUGAAUAAUAGAAAAAAGGGUAAUCGAUAUUACCAUGUAAUAAUCACCUGCAGUCAAUGGCAGGCCACCUAUCUAAAAAUCUCAGCUCUCCUUGGGAGGGAUGAGUAAUACAAUUAAAAGUCUCGGAUAUCAAAAAAAAAAAAAGAACAGUCUGUCAGACGUACCUUGAGUUACUCCACUUGUAGCAAAGAUGCUGAAAGGCUAUGUUCCCAUUGAGUGGUAGUAGUUUUCUCUGUUAUUCUCUGUCGUUUAUAAUUCUUCUCUUUUUAUCUGUUUCUAAGAAGAAAAGGGUUAAAAAAAUUUUUUUAAAUAUCAUUUUGGAAAAUAUUGAAGAACUUUUUUGAGAUAGAGUAGUCUGUUGAACAUUAUGGUUUCAUUAGAUUAAAAUAUUCAAAUAUAACUUCUGUGGAACAUUAAUGCCAAGAUUUCUCAAUGAUAUUUUUAUCUUACCAGUGGUUCAUAUAAAACAUCUCUGAACGAGCAGUUUUGGAAAUCUUAGUGAAGUAGCCCAUAUUAAGUUUCCUUUUUCUUAAUUGUUUUAAAGGGGAAAAAAAAUUUCUCUUUAAAUUUAAAUUAAAUAAUCUUACUAUGUAAAAAGGCCCCUGAGAAUAUUUUUUGUUUUAAUCUUAUGAGGUAGCUAUAUUUAAAUACUCCUUAAGGAAGGCGUAGGUUUGACUGUACAGAAGCCUGACAUUUCUUCUUCGGCAGAAACAGUUGACUCAGCAACAUUCAUGACUAUCAGAAUAGUCAUACUUGAGAUAUGUCAAAUUAUAAAAGAACAUUUGGAUAGCAGCUGCCUCUAUAUUAUAGCAUCUUUGAAAUGGCCUAAGUCAAAACUUGUAAUAAAACAUUCUAAUGAGUUUCUUAAAAAAUAUUUUUCAUGCCUGAACCCGUUGCCUUUGAGUCGAUUCCAGCUCGUAGCGACCCUAUAGGACAGAGUAGAACUUCCCCCAAAGUUUCCAAGGAGCGACUGGUGGAUUUGAACUGCCCACCUUUUGGUUAGCAGCCAUAGCACUUAACCACUAUGCUACCAGGGUUUCUACACGUGAGUAUAAGGAUGAUUUUAGCCAAUGCCAAUAGCAUUAACUCACUAGAAGGCAUUGUCCUGUGCAGUAUUCUCAGCCAGAUCUACCCACAUCAUUAGUGGAAUUUAACUCUAAUGUCCCCAGUACCUGAACCAAGGAGAGAUUCAGUUAGGGGUGGUAGUUGUUUUCCAUGAUGGCGUGGAAGCUGGUACGGGGUGGCAGUCCCAACACAUGGCACACUGACUGUCAGACUGAGCUAUAGGCAGCGUCAGCUAAUAGCUCUUCUCCACUGCCAGUUAGGUAAUGGCUGGUGAGGGUGGUAGUGAGGAGAUGUCCCAAAAGUACCCUAAUAAGGCUUUCUCCCUUUUUAAAAAUUGCUCUAGAGUAUGAAAGAGCUGCUAAAUGUGCUGCAGUUAGCUGCCAAGGAGAGUGAUUCCAUGGCAGUUACAGAGGGUGAAAAUCUCUACAGCUAAUUCAAGUCAUUUUGUGAAUAGUACUGGCGCAGUGGUUAAAGUGCUCGGCUGCUACUGGGAAGGUUGGUGGUUUGAACCCACUCACCCUUCCACGGGAAAAAAAGACCUGGUGACCUGCUCCCAUAAAGAUUCACAGCCUUGGAAACCCUAUGGGGCAAUUCUACUCUGUCCUGUAGGACCGCUGUGGGUUGGAAUUGACCCCAUGGGAUACAACAACAGCAGUGUGUGUCAAGCCCUGGAAAUAAGAUAAUUAAAAUGUGAAAGAAACACCUUUUGAUUAAUUAUUGUUGCAUAGUUAAAUAUACCGCAUAUUUAACUGAUAUUCUGUACUGAUGCAGCAAAAUCUAAUUCUUUUUACAAUUUUCAGACAUGUUGGUGUGGGUGUGUAGUUGUCUUUCAGAUGAUUCCAGAGACCUGCAGAUAAUCUUGGAGACUGUGAGACAGCAGUGAUGAAAACAUUCUGAGAAAAAUGUCUGUAGGGAAUCCUGUCACUUAACCAAAGAAUUUUUUUUUCCUCUCUUUUUUGGUGUUUUAUUUCCUAUCAUAAAAAUGCAAUAGUCCAUUUACAAGUUUAAGAGUGCAUUGUAGUUCUGGAAAAUUCUAGGAAAUGUUACUGGUGCUUAGAAAAUUCAGGGAUGUAAACACGCAACCUUUAAUUCAUGUACAUUUAAAAAAUUUUUUCUCAACUUUAGGAAUUGUGAAAUAUAAACAGAAAAGCCAGUAAAAUAUUUAUAUAUCUACAUAUAUACAUAUACACACACACAUAUAUACCUGGUGGCACGGUGGUUAACACAUUGGCAGCUAACCAAAAAGGUCAGUAGUUCGAAUCCACCAGCCAUUCUUUGGAAACCCUUUGGGGCAGUUCUGCUCUGUGCUACAGGGUUGCUAUGAGUAGGAAUUGACUUGACGGCAACUGGUUUGGGUUUUUUGAUUAUGUUUGUUGUGGAAACCCUUGUGGCUUAGUGGUUAAGUGAUAUGGCUGCUAACCAAGAGGUUGGUAGUUCAAGUCCACCGGGCGCUCCUUGGAAACUCUAGGGGACAGUUCUACUCUGACCUAUAGGGUCACCAUGAGUCGGAAUCAACUCGAUGGCAACGAAUUUGGUUUUUUUGGUUUAUAUAUGUUGUCGUUAGGUGCUGUCGAGUUGGUUCCAACUUGUAGUGACCCUGUGUACAACAGAACAAAACACUGCCCAGUCCUGCAUCAUUCUCACAAUCGUUACGUUUGAGCCCAUUGUUGCACCCGUUGUGUCAAUCAGCCUUAUUGAGGGUCUUCUCUUUGACUGACCAAGCGUGAUGUUCUUCUCCAGGGACUGGUCCCUCGUAAUAACAUGUCCAAAGUGCAUGAGACAAACUCUCGCCAUCCUUGCUUCUAAGGAGCAUUCUGGCUGUGCUUCCAAGAUAGACUUGUUCAUUCUUCUGGCAGUCCAUGGUAUAUUCAAUAUCCUUUGCCAACACCAUAAUUCAAGUGUGUCAAUUCUUCAGUCUUCCAUGUUCACUGUCCAGCUUUUGCAUAUCAUGCUAUUGAAAAUACCAUGACUUGGGUCAGACACACCUUAGUCCUUCAAAGUGACAUUUUUGCUUUUUAACACUUUAAUGAGGUCUUUUGCAGUGGAUUUGCCCAAUGCAAUCUGUUGUUUGAUUUGACUGCUGCUUCCGUGGGUGUUAACUGUGAAUCCAAGUAAAAUGAAAUCCUUGACAACCACAGUAUUAUCUCUAUCAUGAUGUUGCUUGUUGGUCUAGUUGUGAAGAUUUUUCUUUAUGUUGAGGUAUAAUCCAUCCUGAAGGUGUCAUGCUGGUGCAGUGGUUAAAGCACUCGAUAUUUACAGCAUUGGAAGUCCUAUGGGGCAGUUCUGCUCUGUCCUGUACAGUCACUGUGAAUUGGAAUCAAGUCACCAGCAAUGGUUGUUUUUUUUUCUUUUCAGUUGAUCCAUACUGAACGCUGUAGUCUUUGAUCUUCAUCAGUAGUAAGUGCUUCAAGUCCUCUUUGCUUUUAGCAAGCAAGGUUGUGUCAUCUGCAUAUCACAGGUUGUUAAUGAGUCUUUCUCCAGUCCUGUUGCCUCAUUCUUCAUAUAAUCUAGCCUCUUGGAUUAUUUGGUCAGCAUACACAUGCAAUAAGUAUGGUGAAAGAUACAACCCUGGCGCACACCUUUCCUGAUUUUAAACAAGGCAGUAUCCCCUUGUUCUGUUUGAACGACUGCCUCUUGGUCUAUGUAUAGGUUCCUCGUGAACAGAAGUGUUCUGGAAUUCCCAUUCUUCACAAUGUUAUCCAUAAUUUGUUAUGAUUCACACAAUCGAAUGGCUUUGCAUAGUUAAUAAAACACAGGCAAAUAUCUUCCUCGUGUUCUCUGCUUUCAGCCAAGGUCCAUCUGACGUCAGCAAUGAUAUCCCUCCUUCCAUGUCCUCUUCUGAAUCUGGCUUGAAUUUCUGGCAGUUCUCGGUCCAUGUGCUGCCGCAACCGUUUUUGAAUUACCUUGAGCUAAAUGUUACUUGGGUGUGGUAUUAAUGAUAUUGUUCGGUAAUUUUCGCCUUCUAGCGGAUCACCUUUCUUUGAAAUGGGCACAAAUAUGGAUCUCUUCCUGUUGGUUGGCCAAGUAGCUUUCUUCCAAAUUUCUUGACAUAGAUGAGUGAGCACCUCCAGCGCUGCAUUUGUUGAAACGUCUCAGUUGGUUUUCCAUCAGUUCCUGGAGCCUUGUUUUUCACCAGUGCCUUCAGUGCAGCUUGGACUUCUUUCUUUAAUAGCAUCAGUUCUUGAUCGUAUUCUACCUCCUAAAAUGGUUGAAUGUCGACCAAUUCUUUUUGGUGUAGUGGCUGUGUAUUCCUUCCAUGUGCUUUUCAUAUUCUCUGCGUCAUUAAAUAUUUUGCCUAUAGAAUCCUUCAGAAUUGCAACUUCUAGGCUUAAAUUUUUCUUUCAGCUUAGGAAAUGCCGAGUGUGUUCUUCCCUUUUGGUUUUCUAACUCCAGGUCUUUGCAGCUUUCGUUAUAAUACUUGGUUGUCUCAAGCCACCCUUUGAAAUAUUCUGUUUAUCAAGUGACAGUCCGGAAAGCUUGACUCCAUCCACAUCAUUAAGAUUGACUCUGCUUUGAGGAGGCAGCUCUUCCCUGUCAUAUUUUGAGUGCCUUUCAACCUGAGGGUCUCAUCUCCUGGCACUGCAUCAGACAAUGUUCACUAAUAUUCAUAAGGUUUUCACUUGUCAGUUUUUUCAGAAGUAGACUGCCAGGUCAUUCUUCCUAGGCUGUCUUAGUCUGGAAGCUCCACUGAAACCUGUCCAUCAAGAUGGACCUUGCUGGUGUUUGAAAUAUUGGUGGCAUAGCUUCCAGCAUCACAGCAACACGCAAGCCACCACAGUACAACAAACUGACAGGUGAGUGGUAUAUAUAUAUAUAUACACACACACAUGUGUGUGUGUAUGUGUGUAUGUAUAUAUAUACACACACAAAUAUGUGUACAUACAGUUUAACAAUUACAGUAAAACCUGUGAAAGCUGGAACCUAUGUAAGAGAGAAACCUGUCAGAGAAGGAAGAUAAAAUAUUCCCCACUAAAAUGGAUGAUAUAGAAGUGGUAAGACUGCACCCUGUCAAAGGCGGAAAAUUUGCAAGACCCAGAAAAACAAGGCAGUCCCAUGGAGCUCUGGCACUCACUGUGUAUAGUGAGCAGUCUUGUUAUUACUAUACAGGUCAAGAAGUAGAACAUUACUGUUGUCGAGUUCAACUCAAAGUGACCCCAUAGGAUAGAGUAGAACUACCCUAUAGGGUUUCUUAGACUGUAAUCUUUACGGAGCAGAUUGCCAGGUCUUUUCUCCGGAGGAGCAGCUGGUAGGUUCGAAGCACCGACCUUUCAGUUAGCAGCUGCUGUAGUGCCCAGAAGUCCAGCUAGCGUACUUGCCUCCUCUCCUCUAGAUAACCAGUCCUGACUUCUGUAAUUUAGAUGCCCUUCCUCGUACCACAAGGAGGUGCUUCCACCAUUAGAUGCAGUUAGGAUGAUGCAACUGCAAAUCUGAAAUUAAGAAAGGGUAGUUUUGCAAUAAAUUUGAAACCUAUGCAGUAAUACUAAAUCCGUGCAGUAAUACCAAAAUCAGCCUUCUAAUCUUAUAUGUAAAUUGCUUUACAUAUUUCACCUAGCUCAGCAUGUUAAUAGGGAAAUUGUCAGUUUGAUGGGUUUGACUUACAAAAGUUCAAGAAGAAAAUGUUUAAUGUCUUAAUAAACAGAAAAAUCCUUAUUAAGGAAAUUUGAGUAAAAACAGUCUCCCAAUGUAACAUUUUCUCUUUGAAACAUAUUACAUUUAAAGAUAACUUUUCCAAGAAAUAAUCUGAUAGCCUUUUUUUGCAUCUGUCACAUGCAUAGCAUUAAUUCCAUAGCAUUUUGUGGCUUUUUAAAACUAACUGCCAUUAAAAUUAUGGAAGUUUUAUGUAAUAAAGAUUUGAUUUUUUGAGUCCAAAGAGCUUCUGUAUUCUUGAAUGAAAACUGUUCAGAUUUCCUCAUUUUCUUACCUAGUUUCCUUUUAAUGUUUUUGAACUCAGUGUUCAUUAGCAAGGUGUGAAAAUACUAGUAUCCUAGUUUGAUCUCUCUGAAGCUGGUUCACGUAGCUUGGUAUUGCCAUGUGUGCACGUGUAUAUGUUUACCAUGACUGAUCACUAGAUCUGAUUUUUAGCUGUUUUUAAGUUAUAAAACCAAUGCGUAUUUACUGUUCAAGAUUCAGACAUUGAAAUAUGCAUCACAAAGUGUGCGUUUCUCCCCAGACAUAACCUGUCAAAAAUUUGAUACAUAUUUCUCCAAUUAUUCUUGGUACGACAACCGAAAGAAAUUGUUGAAUUAGAAUCCCAAAUCAUAAACGAAAUCUUUCAGUCCUUAUGUCAAGGUACGUACUCACCUUGGUACCUAUCUUGACAUCCUGAGUUUUCCACAUCUGCCUUGUCAACCGCUUUUUAUUGAACCAUUAUUGUUCAUUUUGAGAGAAAACGUACUGGUUUCCAAUGUGUAAUUUAAAUGUUAUUGCUCAGUUUGGGUCAAGUAGAAGAAUACUUAAUCUAUGGUGCCUUGAUGGCAGAAGUGGAAAGUGAUUUUCAAGGGCCUCUUGUCUGGCAAUUACGCUCAUGAUUGAUUUGCUGAACGAGGCACAAUGGUUAUUAGACUGGCUGAACCAGGCCACGCUUUGUUCUGUCUCUCAGAGCUGAGGUGCAGUCCUGAUGACUCAUAUGCAGACACCCAAAACCAGUGCAUAAGGACCCUUGAUCACACUGCCUGCUUAAUUUCAAGGGUUUCAUGUUUGUUAUAUUUAAAAGUCCGUAUUUGCCACACUACAAGCUUAUAAACUCCAGUCUACCUAUUAGUGCAUUUGAGCAAAUUUUGCUAGAGGCAAAAAGUCAUUGCUAAAUGAGAGGCACAACUGCAUUUCUGUUGGUCCU